AUGAAUUGCUACUCGCGGCCCACGGGCAGCAGAGAAGCCUACCAAGGCAUCAGAACCGUCAUGAACCCCAUGGCCAGGGGGGUGUCAAGCAACGUCCAGGUAAUACACGUCUCCGAACGCAACACGGACGCGGACACGUACAUGGAGCUGCACGUCCAAACGCUGGGGCACUUCCCGCCCGAAUCCGACGCGGCGGCAGAGUCGCAAGGCCAACAAGUCCCAGUCUUGGCUGACUCGUACGCACUGGUUAGUCUGAGAGAGGCCAAGCAGCAGUAUCUGCAGUACAUCCAGGCCAGUCUCGGCAGGACGUUGCGCACAUCACUGGGGCGGCGAAGCGGCAUCCUCUAUCAGACGUACCUGCGGGCAUACUACACCAUGAAGGAUGACUCGGCGUCCCAGGAAACACGACAUCUCCUCGUCCUGACAUUCAAGUUGUGGAUGUCGAUCCGCCUGUCAUCAAAACCAAUCGUCAUGAUUGGAGCGCAAGAUGUCGACGAACACGGCACGCCCCAGCCAGACGGCCGUCCCACCUGGACGGCUCUUCCUCCCAACAUUGUCAUGCAGCUGGACUACGUGCUGACGGGCCAGAUCCAGAUGGAGCUGCGCGAAAAGGUGCUCUCGGGGCUCGACAACAUGGUCUACAAGCGCAAACAGAGAAACUGGCUCACCAUCUACCUCGCCACCUUCAUCCUGCUGCACAACCUGGCCCUCAUCAAAGCCGACAAUGGGACCUGUACGGCAAAGUGCAGAACAGAACGAUGCAAGCAUGAGUUGGCGGCAGAGGAAUACCACAAGUCGGCAAAUAACCUCCUGGCUCACUUUCACUUCUGCAACAACGGGGUGCAGCCCUUUUCGGAAGCUUGCCCGAGCUACCGCUUGGCGGACCUGCUGGACGGCAACGACGACACGGUCAAGUUCAUCCAAAACUGCAGGAGCCACGUCCGUCUGCACAGACAACACUGGGACGCCAUUCGACGGAAUUGUCAGUACGACGACGAAUACUUUUUCAUCAGCCAGCUGUUUGACGAUCGAUGGGCUCCGCAUCCGAUGGAGAGCGAGAGGCCCCGGGGCCCGAGUCUGGCGCAGAUGGUUUGA